CUCGGCUCCCGUUUCCGUCAUCCGGAAGACAAAUGCUAGCAUCAUCCCAAGCACCAUGGCUCCAUAAAUCAUCCAACACGAUGAGCAAGCUAGGAGGGCGGUAUAAAUACUCUGGGGCUUGUAAUCUUGUGAUACAGUCACCCAAGCCCUAACCAUGAAAGCAUCCGUGGUCAACGGAUGGUGAUAAACAUUCUUGGCCAGUGUGGUCUUCCCGAUUCCUCCCAUCCCCACGAUUGGGAUAACCUGAAGGUGGGAUGGCCCUCCGGUGAGCCUAUCGGCGAUUUUGAUCAGGUCCUGGUUAAGGCCGACGACAUCGGGGAUGGCCAUCGUUAAUUUGAGGGAGAGAAGAAGAACUGAUGCUGGUUUAGGGAGAACCGUUGACCAGUGACAAAGAAGAAGUGAUGAUUGGAGAUUGUGAUACUGGCCUUUACUUGUGCUGAAGAGAUCAUUUCGAUGCAUUGUUUUAAAAAUCGAAUCCUUGAAAUGUUCAAAUCAGUCCAGACUUUGAUUUGGCCAGAGUAAUAAAAUUAUAAAAACAUUAAAAUAAAAGAUAGAAAUGAGCUUGAGAGACUUGAUUGAUGAGUGCAAACUCUUCUACAUAGCCGGGCAGGAGUCCACAGCGUCCCUGCUCACGUGGACCAUGAUCCUGCUGAGCAAGCACCCGGACUGGCAGGCCCGUGCCAGAGACGAGGUCAUGCAAGUUCUUGGCACGAACGAACCGGAUUUCCAAGAGCUGAACCGGCUGCAGAUUGUGACAAUGAUCUUCCACGAGGUUCUGAGAUUGUACCCGGGGGCAGUUUUGCUGAGUCGAACCAUCCGUGAUGAGACGAGGCUAGGGGAUUUAGCCCUGCCCGCGGGCGUGAGCAUCUUCCUAGCCACGCUUCCGCUGCAGCAUGACUGCGAGAUAUGGGGCGAGGACGCGAAUGAGUUUAAUCCGGAGAGGUUUGGCGAAGGCGUCUCCAAGGCGACGAAAGGGAGGCUCGUCUACUUUCCGUUUGGUGGAGGCCCGAGGAUAUGCAUCGGGCAGAACUUUGCUUUGCUAGAAGCGAAAAUGGCGCUGGCCCUCGUAUUGAAACGGUAUUGGUUCGAGCUUUCUCCAUCGUAUGCACACGCCCCGAAUAUGGUACUGUCGCUUCAUCCUCAGCAUGGUGCACCGUUGAUCCUGCACCGGAUCCUUUAGGCCUUGUUGCGUUAUAAUGAUUA